AUGCAGCCCACGCUCAAGAAUCCGAAGUUAUGGCACGAACAGGCCUAUGUCAAUGGAAAAUGGACCGCUUCAAAAUCCGGCAAGACAUUCAAUGUGAUCAAUCCCUCGACUGGUGAUGUGAUCGUAGCGCUCCCCGAGAUGAGCCAAGAAGAUGUGCAGAUCGCCUCCGGACAAGCGCUCGCCGCCUUCGAGCAGUGGAAAAAGGUCAGCCCCAAAGUACGCGGGUCGGUCAUCCGGAAAUGGGCCCAGCUGCUGUUGGAGAAUGCCGAGGAUCUGGGGAGAAUUCUGACGACGGAGAACGGCAAGCCAUUCGCUGAAGCGAAGGGCGAAAUAGCGUUCGCGGCGAGCUAUCUUGAGUUCUAUUGCGGCGAGGCGGAACGCACAUACGGGGACGUUAUCCCGUCGGCCAACCCAGCCAACCGUGUUUUCGCCAUUCACCAGCCCAUUGGAGUUGUCGCCUGCCUGACCCCGUGGAACUUCCCCGCUGCAAUGGUCACCCGAAAGGCCGGCGCUGCCAUCGCCGCCGGAUGUACUGCCAUCGUCAAACCUGCCGGUGAGACGUCUCUCACUGCACUCGCGAUCGCGUACCUCGGGGAACAAGCUGGUCUUCCUGCCGGGGUGUUGAACGUGGUGACGGGGAUGCAGAAUCUGGCGGAGAUUGGCAAGGCGCUCUGUGAAGAUCCAAACAUCAGGAAACUUUCCUUCACCGGGUCCACGGCCGUGGGCAAGCUACUGAUGCGGCAGUGCUCCAGCAGCCUCAAGAAGCUCUCCUUGGAGCUCGGGGGCAAUUCACCCUUUAUCAUCUUCGACGACUGCGAUCUGCCAGCGACCAUCAACGCCUUGAUGGGGGCGAAGAUCCGGAAUUCGGGCCAGACAUGCGUCUGUGCCAAUCGGAUAUACGUUCAGCGUGGCAUAUAUUCUGAGGUGUGCCGUCUCUUGGUGGACCAAUUCUCCCAAGUCAAGUGCGGCGAUGGAUUCGAGGACGGUGUGACGGUGGGGCCGUUGACCGUGCAGCGCGGCGUUGAGAAGGUCCAGGCUCAUAUCGACGAUGCGGUGGGCAAAGGUGCUAGGAUCCUGUUCGGGGGUCAGGCGAUGGAUCGGACGGGGUACUUCUUCCAGCCCUCGGUCCUCGCCGACAUGAGUGACCGUAUGCUGUCCCACAACGAAGAGAUCUUCGGCCCCGUCGCGGCGCUGUACCCUUUCGAUACCGAAGAGGAAGUUCUGAAGAUGGCCAAUAACUCCGAGGUUGGCCUGGGAAGCUAUGUGUGCACGAACAACCUGGCACGAGUGUGGCGUAUGGCCGAAGGCCUGGAGGUGGGUAUGGUGGGAGUCAACACCGGUGUCAUUGCCGGGGGAGAGAUUCCUUUCGGUGGCAUCAAGCACAGCGGGUUUGGUGUGGAAGGUGGGAAAUGGGGAGUGAAAGAGUUCAUGAUCACAAAGAGCAUUGUCAUGUCCAUACCGGCGAUAUAG